AUGGUUCAUACUUAUCUUCAACUCUUCGCUGUGGGAGAAAAUCGGCAUAGUCGCAAAAUCGCCGAACGAUCGUUCACAUAUCAAAUUGUCGGUAACGCCACAUUUUCCGUUGACACAUUUUUCUUCAUCAGCGGUGUCUUAAUAGUUUAUCUGUACUACAAGUCAUCAUAUUCUUCGGAUGGCGUCAAGCAAGUUCGUACCACAAAGCUUCCGAAUGCCGUUAAUGAAACCGUUUUUGCCAUCAUUUAUCGCUACAUCCGUUUGACACCCGCAUACUUCUUCGUCAUUGUUACCAACGAGCUCGCCCUUAAAUGGACGUUCGAUCGUUCCGUGUUCCAACCUAGCAUUAUCGAUCACAUUACGUGCAACAAAUACUGGUAUCGCAACAUUUUCUACGUGAAUAAUUGGUAUCCCUUCCGUGAAAUGUGCAUGAUUUGGUCGUGGUACAUGGCAAAUGACAUGCAAUUCUACAUUGUUGCGAUUAUUCUGCUGAUUCUUUCGAAACGAUUCUUCAAAGUAUCCGCCAUCACGGUCGUUGUGUUGCUCAUGUCAUCGUGGGUCGUUGCCAUUUUUGUCUCAAUCCACUUCAACUACAUCCACAAAGUAGCAGAUCCCUUUGAAUCGUUCGAUAUUUUGUACGACAAACCGUGGCAACGCAUGGGUCCGUAUAUCGUCGGCAUGAUAACUGGCUACAUUAUCGUGCGAAAGAGGAGAGCACCGAAAAUUUCCUUCUUGCUGAACGUGAUUUUAUGGUUUUUGUCUUUCGGACUUUUGUUUGUGCUCAUUUUUGGCGUAUGGAAGGGACAAUUGAGCGUAUUGGCAACCGCUUUUUAUGUCGGAAUGGGACACACAGCUUGGGGCGUUGGACUUGUUUGGAUUUGCUUAUCGUGCUAUUGGGGAUUGGCGAGACCCAUAAACAGCUUUUUGUCCUACAGAGGAUUUUUACCAUUGAGUCGUCUUACGUAUUGCGCCUAUUUGAUUCAUCCGGUAAUUAUGGUUGUUACAUCGUUUCAACAACAAGGACCGAUUUCGAUGACACAUGCAAUGAUCAUGACGACUUUCUUGGGAAAUGCGGUGCUAUCAUUUAUGUUCGCUUUGGUAAUUUCGCUAUUGUUUGAAGCACCUGUGAUUAGAAUCUUGAAAAUAGUCUUCCGUAAAUGA